AUGAACGUGAGCUGGUACCCCAAGGCAGCUCUGACCGAGCAGUCAAGCUCUGUCGUGCCACUGUCGCCAUCCGGUCCGUCCGGGUCCGUGGGUCCUCCGCGCUUGGGUCGUCGGCGCCUCGUGUACUACACGACUUUGGCCGUUUGGGUGUUCCUCUCGCUCAACUCGUUUCUGGAUCCUUUCAAGACACUAUAUGGGUACUACGUUACCACGGACAGCCACGAACACGCCAGCGUGUGGGCUAUCCACGUCGCCAACGCCUUCAACAACAUGUCGUCGACUGUCUGCGACCAGCGCGGGCCUUUUCUCAACUGCUACUUUGAGCUGCCCGUCUUUGGGGUUGGAACAUUAGCUGGCGCUGUGUGUCGGUCGUUCUACCCCGUUGAUAAGGGCGACGCGCAGCACAUUGCCUUUGCGUGGCACGAUGGCGGCAUAACGCAGAUUCGGUCCUUCUCGAAAGAUCUUUUGCGCUGCUGUCUACUCUUUAUCGUUGCCUACUUCCGGGUCACGUCUAUCUACUACCCGAUAUGGCUUGUCUUCAAGCGACAAGGUCAGCCGUUCUGGACGUGGGCAGGCGGCCGCCACAUGGGCUUGGUGCUCCACAAACGCGAGCGUCGGUGCCUUGUCGUACUGUUUCUGCUCUCGUUCGAGGCGCUCCUGAGCACGGAAGACAUUGUCAUGUUUUGCCAGCACGCUGUCUACACGGUCCCGACCUCGUAUACGACGAUCAUUUUGACGUACAUGUCGAUAACGCGCAUCAUCUGGCCCUCUGCAUUCUUGCUGCUUGCACUGUCUCGACUCCUCGAGUGGCUUCUUGGGCCAAAAUAUGCGUUUGCACUCUCCGAAGACCUCUUUCUCCUUGGCGCACCCGUCGUGUGGUUCUACUUACCUUCGUAUGUCACCACCCAGGGCAUGAAGCUCUUCCAAGGUUACCGAUGGACCGGCGUCGUCGUCCACCACUACGCAAACACGAUCCAUAACGCGUAUUCGCACCAAAAAGACUCGUGGACGCUGUACAUGGAGCUUUUCGGCUACUUCACACUGCUCUCGUCGACGUUUACGAUUGUCCUCGGUUUUGUCUGGCAGUCGGUGACGCACAUGACGAGCAUUCUCGCGUUUCUACUGUCGCACCAACGCUAUCGCCGUGAACAUGCGCUCAAGGAUACGACAGGGACGCUCGAGAACGUGCUGCAUGGUGCUGCCGACGGGCUAUCGCCCGAAAUCGCAUAUCAAGUUACAAAAGCAAAGUGGCCACGAUCGCAUCGCUGUGAAGGCAUGAACCUCGCGUCGGAGGGUCUCCUCUGCCUCGUAUAUGGGUCGACCCAGGUCCUCGCCACUAUCGAGUGGGGCUUUGUGGGACCGGUUUUCAACCCACAAGGCCACGCCGCUGUUAUCGAAGGCAACUCGGUCUCGUUUCGACCCAACGUGACGCGUGACACACUCUCAAGUAUAACGUCCACUCCCACUCGCGUCGGCAUUCCAGACCUUAUUUAG